UAAUAUGAUUCUAAAAAGCUCCUAAAUCUAUCUCUUGUGCAAAACAUUUUCCAUUCUUCUGUCUUACUUAUUAAAAAGGGUUAUUGGGGAAUUGAAUACCUUCCUUCCUACAACACACUAUUAUCAGCAAAAGAAAAAAAAUAAAAGUUAGCUUAACUAGCUUCUUUUGCUUUCUUUGAUCUCCUAUCCUUGUAUUAAUCAAAAUACAAGGAAAUUAGGGAGAAGGAAUUGAAGGAAACUAUGCUACAUGAGAAAGCAUGACUUGGUGCAACGAAAUCGACGACGUUCAGACGGUAGAGAAAGCCACCUUCGCACCACCACCACCACCACCACCACCAACGUCGUCGAGGCCGGUUAGUGACAACAACAAUAGUAUAGUAGUAAGAUCAGUUAAGUCUUGCCCUUCAUGUGGUCAUCAGAUCAAAUUCCAACAACAGACAAAGAUAAAUGAUCUUCCGGGUUUGCCAGCGGGUGUGAGAUUUGAUCCAACAGACCAAGAACUAAUUCAGCAUUUAGAAGGGAAGGUGAGACGAUCUCCCAACGACGUCGGCGAAUCGUCGUCUGUUGAAUUACAUCCUCUCAUUGAUGAGUUUAUCCCUACACUUGGAGGGGAAAAUGGGAUUUGCUACACCCACCCUGAUAAAUUACCAGGAGUAAAAAAUGAUGGGCAAGUCCGUCAUUUCUUCCACCGGCCAUCGAAAGCAUACACAACCGGGACAAGAAAGAGAAGGAAGGUACACAGUGACGAGGAUGGCAGCGAAACUCGGUGGCACAAAACAGGUAAGACUCGGCCUGUCCUCAUCGUUGGCAGAGUAAGAGGUUACAAAAAGAUAUUGGUGCUUUAUACAAACUACGGUAAGCAAAAGAAACCCCAAAAGACCAACUGGGUGAUGCAUCAAUAUCAUUUGGGCGUGGAUCAAGAAGAAAAAGAUGGAGAGUUAGUAGUCUCUAAAGUCUUCUACCAAACACAUCCAAGACAAUGUGGAUCAAUUUUGAAGCUAAAUGGACGGGCAACAAACCCGAGUCUAAGAAAUGAAUUACCUCAUUAUUAUACUCAUUCUUCCAUCAUUUCAUUUCACCAGAGAACCAAUACCAAUACCAAUACCAAUACCAAUACCAAUACCAAUACCAAUACCAAAGCAAGUUCUUCAACAGCUUUGUUCCCAUUUUGCUGUCCUUGAUCGCUUCUUAAUCACCAAUCAAGCUGCUCAUCUGUUCUUUGAAUGUCCCUUUAGUGCCAAUUGCAGACAACAAAUCAUCAACUGGUUAGGCUUUCAACACAGAAGGACCUCCAUUCACCUUCUUCUCAAGUGGAUUCAGAGGUACAGCAAGAGCAAAGUUCAGUGUACCAUCAUUUACACUCAUUUACACUGCUAUUCUAGUUUAGUCUACAAUAUUUGGAAGGCCAGGAACUUGCUAAUAAGCCCAACCUGUAAGGUUUUUCUAGCCUCCUGUUGUCUGCUCUUUGGUUUCCCUUUUUAGGGUAACUUUGAAGCUUGGUUGUAAAUUGUUUGGGUGAUCAAUAAAAAAUAUAAUUCAUUA